CCAGCACCCGUGGGGGGCGGAGGGAGAAACCACCCCACCGACGUCACAGGAGCGGCGAACUACCUGAAAGGCCGAGGGUGGGCGGGGAAAAUCUAGUGCCUUUUCUCGAGGGAAGGAACCAUUUGCUGCGGAGCGAACGAAACAUCACCGGCCCUGAAAGGAGAGGUGUAGAAAGAGGAAAUUAGAGACGCUGUAAGGACCGGGUACAGCCUGGCGCCCCUCCCGCGCAGCUCAUCUUGCUCUCCGUGGCCUGUGCCUCCCUCCCUAAACCACAGCCGACCAACAACCUCAGUUGAAGGGCCUGACACAUAGUACCACUGUGGCUGCUCACAAGUAUUUGCUGAAUGAAUAUUAAAUGAAUUUAAAGGCGUCAGAUCCUGCCUUUGUCCCAGUGUGUUGGGGGAGACAGAUUCAGUUACAGAGCUGAGGGAAGGAUCAAGGUUGUGAUUAAGGUUGAAGUCUGUGACAGCCUUUGACCAGCUGUGCUUGGGAACUAUCAACCGGCCCGAAGGCUCCUUGAGCCUCGUCUCGCCGAGAGCUUUGGACAGAAAGUCCGGAGAUAGGCGUCCGAACCAAUCAUCAUUGAGGAAGGGGGCGGGCCUAGAGGCCCUCACAGCCAAUUGGAUUCCAUGGACCCCCAGGGGCCAGACCCACAGCCUUUCCAGCGGUCUGAGAACCCUGGUCGUGUGCGCCGUCGGAAAACCAGACGGGAGCGUAAUGAGGCCCUGGUGGGCAGCCGUCGGCCAUUGGUCCGUCAGGAUCCUCCCAUGGCCCUCCGGGAUCCUAUGGCCCCUACUGCUCCCAAGCUUGUGGUCAUAACUCAGGGCCGGCUGAGUCGGGAACACAGGGGCCUCUUCAACCAUGAGGUGAAAUCUCUGGAUGUGUCACGGCUGCUUAGCAGUGGUUCCCUGGAACCAGGCACCCCUGCACUCCCUGCCAAGUCCUCCCCAAGCCCAGGCUGGGCCCACAAACCAGCCUCACAGUCAAUGGGCAAGGAAAACCAGGUGCCUGGAGGCUCGGGCCCAGGCCCACCCAGUCCUCCAGAGCUCCCUAGCCUGGGGCAGUUGCUGGGGGAGCUGCAGUGCCAGCUGAUUCUGCCACAGGCCUUCCCACGGAGGAACCUAGUGCAAGAGGCCAGGGAUGCCAUUCUGGGCACCUUACAGGCCUGUCAUGGCUGUGUGCCUGACCUUACCCUGGUGCUCCGUGUCUGCUGCUCACCCUUACCAGGGACCAAGCCUGGGGGCCCUGAGAGACAAAGGAUGACACCUUCCUGGAUCAACAGCCCUGUGCAAGCCCCAGGAGAGGAGAGGCCAAGGAGGAGACAAGCUACAAAAGAGCUCACCUUUGCCGUGCCUCAUGCCUGCAGCACUCCCCCUGUGCACAGGGUGAGCCUGGAACCACCAAAAGGUCCCCAGCCACCCCCCUUGCCCAAGUUGCCUUCGCCGUCCAGGACACCCUGGGGCCCCCCAACAGCCUUUGACCUGCUGAAAAGCAUCUGGCUGGUAUCCACACCGCCACCCCCACCCCGGCCCUGGGGAGUUGGCCCACAACCACUUCUACCUCAGCUGCCAUCACCCUUGUUGCCCAGAACCUCUCUCCUGGACUGGAGUCCUAGCCCCCUUGCCCCACUGCCCAGUCUCUCCUGGGUGGUGGCCCAGAGCAGCCCAGAGGCUUGGUCCUUUCCACCUAUGAGACUAUACUGAGGUUGCUGAGGCCCAGUUGGGGGCAGGAAUCCCACAUUCCUAAUCAUCUCAAUAAAGUACU